AAAUUGUCAAUUUCACUCGAAAAGAAAAAACGAAAAAGCAAGCAUUUGAAGUUUUCUAGAAAUACUUCAAUUUAAUCUACGAGAAAAUUCGCUUGAUUGCUUUCAAGUUUACUGUCGUUAUAAUUUACUACUUCGAUUUUUCUACGAAUUAAGCAUAAUGUCAUUUUUAAUUAAGCAAUUCACUCGCAAGAUCUUAUCACCGGCUAUUUCUGCAGCCAACAAACUCAAUUUCUCAACCACCAGUUCAGUUCUAACGCCGCGUAUUCAGAAGCCAGCCCCCGAUUUUGCCGCUACAGCUGUGGUCAAUGGAGAGUUCAAUACACUCAAGCUUGCAGACUUCAGUGGCAAAUAUGUAGUCCUCUUCUUUUAUCCUCUGGACUUUACAUUUGUCUGCCCGACUGAGCUUAUUGCAUUCAGUGAUAGAGCGAGAGACUUUGAGAAUAUCAACUGUCAAGUGAUUGGCGUUUCCACAGACUCGGAAUUCAGCCAUCUUGCCUGGAUCAAUACACCUAGAAAGGAUGGUGGUUUAGGGAAGUUGGAAAUACCCUUGCUAGCUGACUACAAGAAGAAUAUAUCAAAAGACUAUGAUGUGUUGCUUGAUGAAGGAUUCGCUCUUCGGGGUCUGUUCAUAAUCGACGGCAAUGGAAUCCUAAGGCACUUGUCAGUCAAUGACCUGCCCGUUGGUCGGUCAGUAGAAGAAACACUUAGGCUUGUGAAGGCGUUCCAAUUUGCUGAUAAACACGGUGAAGUGUGCCCCGCUAACUGGAAUCCUGACACAAAUGCGAACACAAUUAAGCCCAACCCGCGAGAAAGCAAGGAGUACUUCAAAAACGCAAAUUAAACUGACAAUAAAGGUCAUAUUAUUAUCCAUUUCAACCGCUCCCACCCAGCAAGAUGACAUUCAUUGAAAAGUGAGCUUUAAGACGUCUUCUUUAGACAUAUUUUACAUUGCAACAAAUUAGCGCUUUCAGCUCUCGUCUUAUCUACAGCAAAUGCUUUAAAGCUCACUUUUCAAUGAAUGUCAUCUUGGCGGGUGGCCUAAACAACGUCAGCCAAAUGUUCACUUUACAAAUCCAGUGCUGAAUACAUUUUGUUUAGCAAUUUUAUUCACAGUAAUCGCAAGGCUUUCAGCCCUUUAGCCUAAGGAAGGAAAUAGGGUAAAAGAUAUGUUUUAAAUAAAAUAGUCAUAAAAUUUUGGCUAAAAGGCUCGGGCCGCGUAUGCAUUCUAAGAGAGAAAGUCGUGAAGCUAUAGAAAAUACUUCUUUUUUAGUGACGGUACAUCAUAUUGCAAUUUCUUUCAUCCAUUGCCCGACUUCUCAUAUGUAUUGCGAGGAAGUAUAAGCAUGACAUAUAGUUAUACCUUUCACCACGUGAGAAAGAGGGGUGGACGGACCACGGAUGUAAGAGAUGGCUAUACAUAUAUGGACCUUGCAUCAAAACGUUCUUAACAGUGCGAGCUGCAGUAAGUGUGAAACCAUUUUUAAUUAAGUUAAUAAUGUCCUUUAAGAAAAUGUACUGCUCAGAAAAACAUAAUUGAAACGAUUUUUGGAGGAAGUUUCGACCGCUGCGGUCGCGCUGUAAAUUUUCUUGAGGAAGCAAUUAUUUCCAAAACCAAUCAUUCAUAAAAUUGACAAUUACCACAGUACAGAUUAAUUAUUUUAAAGACAGAUAGUAAACUUUUACUAUCUUUUGUUCUUGUCUUUGUUCAAAUUUAAAAUAUUGUAAUGAUAGGGCGACCGCAGCGGUCGAAUCAUUCUGAGAACCAGCCAAUAGUCAUUUCUAUGUUAUUUAAGAACCUUUGUUCUUAAAUUAACAUAAUAAUAAGACAAGAGCUUACUCUUAUCCGUAAGUGAAGUAAUAUAUUGUUUUCUUUAGGUAUAAUGUGUAAAAUAAACUUUUAUUAUGUUAAAUUUAAUCUGUUUCAUCCCGAAUGCAUUUAUUGUGCAAUAAUUGUAACUCACUUUCAAGACAACUGUAUCUACAUUUUUAAGGAUAAGACAAUAGAGGUAUUGUUUUUGACAAAUAAUUUUAGUUUAUAAUUCAAUUCAUCAAAAUUUUAGAACAAUUCGGUUUUAGUUAUAACUAAUAUUUGUAUGGGCAGGUUCACUGCAUCCAUGCUAAUCAGAAUAUAAUACCACUUCUAUUUACGAUGUACAAUAGAAAUGCUUAGGUAUUGAGGUCUGUGCACGCCUAAUGCCUAUAUAGCAAGAUGGUAUGGAAUGACAAUAUGCAAAUGUGAACGCAUGCUUUACAAUUCCAUACAUUCGCGUUUUCAGCUCUCCAUACUGGCCAAGUGGCUCUCCAUAAUGGAUAUUAUGAAAAAUUUAGGAUUUUUUCGAGAAAUUAUUUCUAGUGUUAUUUUCUCGAAUGAAACAUGAACUACUGAAUACAAAUUUUGAAAGGUAUUUCUGUAAUACUGUAUUGUAACUUUGUCAAAUGUAUUCAUAUUAUUUAUUCGCCAACCAAGUGUCACAAUGAUCUUAAAGAUUUUAGAUCUUUAGAUUGAAUUUGCCCGAACUGUAUUUUACAACCCUGUUCAUAUUAGUUACUAUUUUAUUGUGAUAUUUUAAAUGAGGUUUCCGUAAUAAAGUUAAUUCUGUUAUGUA